AUGUCGGAGACCGAUCUCAGAGAGCUUUCAGUCUCCAAACGAAGGCCGUUAUUGCUGGCGAUUGCAGUGGAGGAAGAGGAGGAGAGAGAGGAGGGUUUUGAUUCGAGAUCGGAUUCGUUGGAUCGAGUGUUAUUUUUGGGCUCUGGAUUGGAUGAGAUUGUGGUUGAUGAGAAACUUUAUUUUGUGAAAAACAUCUUUAACUACCUCUUUUUCGUACUGGAUCAAUUGUUAUGGCAUGCAGAUUUCUCUAAACGAUGGCAUUUGUGCCAACUUGAGGUCUUGGAUUGCAAGAAGGUUGCAUGGCCGAACUCUGUAACUGAAGAGAAGUAUUGUGUUGAGGACUGUGGGUGGCCUUUAAAAGAGUUUGCAUAUGAGUGCAAAAUAAACCUUUUGACAGGUCGAACUCGUCAGAUUCGAGCACAAUUGGCUGCUUGUGGUGCACCGAUAGUGGGUGACUCAAUGUACAUGCCUCCUGCAAUUGCAGAGAUGAUCAGUCCUGGGCUUAAUCUAUUUGGAAAGUACAAGAAACAAUGCACAAGUGAGUAUGAUAAAGUAAUGGCUAUGCAGGAGUGGAUUUCAUACGGUUCAGGUGAGCAAACCUGGGCUUUUUCUUUAGUAUUUAUAUUUCUAUCUUUGGGUAAUCUUUGGAUAAUCUUUACUCUAAUCUUUAGUCUUUACUGAUAAUGAUCUCUGCUCUAAUCUUUUGAUUGAAACAUUAAUUAAGCCUGAUUUGGAUAAUCUUUACUCUAAUCUUUUGAUUGAAA